AUGUUUGUCAGGAAGCGUGAUGGCCGCCAAGAGCGCGUUCAGUUCGACAAGAUCACUGCCCGUGUGUCAAGGCUGUGUUACGGCCUCGACCCGGAGCACGUUGAUCCUGUUGCCAUCACCCAAAAGGUCAUCUCGGGUGUAUACGGCGGAGUAACUACUGUUCAGCUGGACGAUCUUGCCGCCGAGACAGCAGCGUACAUGACUGUCACGCACCCCGACUACGCCAUCCUCGCUGCACGUAUCGCAGUCUCAAACCUUCACAAGCAGACCAAGAAGCAGUUCUCAUCAGUGGUCAGCGACCUCUUCCACUAUGUAAACCCCAAGAACGGCAAGCUCUCUCCCAUGAUUGCCCAAGACACAUACGACUGCGUCAUGCGUCACAAGGAAGAUCUCGACUCAGCUAUUGUUUACGACCGUGACUUCAACUACCAAUAUUUCGGCUUCAAGACCCUCGAGAGGUCUUAUCUGUUGAAGCUUAACGGCAAGAUUGUUGAGAGGCCACAGCACAUGAUCAUGCGUGUUGCUGUAGGUAUCUGGGGUGACAACAUUGAGCGUGUCAUAGAGACCUACAACCUCAUGUCCAGCAAAUUCUUCACACACGCGUCCCCGACGCUCUUCAACGCCGGCACACCGCAGGCUCAGUUGUCGUCAUGCUUCCUGGUUGACAUGAAGGAUGACAGUAUCGAGGGCAUCUACGAUACCCUCAAGACUUGCGCCAUGAUCUCCAAGAUGGCUGGCGGUAUCGGUCUCAACGUCCACCGUAUCCGUGCUACUGGCUCCUAUAUCGCCGGUACCAACGGCACCUCGAACGGCAUUGUUCCCAUGCUGCGUGUGUUCAACAACACAGCUCGUUACGUCGACCAAGGUGGCAACAAGCGCCCCGGCGCCUUUGCCAUCUACCUGGAGCCGUGGCACGCAGAUGUCUUCGAGUUCCUCGACCUGAGGAAGAACCACGGAAAGGAGGAGAUUCGUGCCCGCGAUCUGUUCCUUGCCCUUUGGAUCCCUGAUCUGUUCAUGAAGCGUGUUGAAAAGAACGGCGACUGGACUCUGAUGUGCCCCAACGAGUGCCCUGGCCUCGCGGACUGCUACGGUGAUGAGUUCGAGGCUCUGUACGAGAAAUAUGAGCAGGCCGGCAAGGGUCGCAAGACGAUCAAAGCUCAGAAGCUCUGGUAUUCCAUCCUGGAGGCUCAGACCGAGACGGGUAACCCGUUCAUGCUGUACAAGGACCACUGCAACCGCAAGAGCAACCAGAAGAACCUGGGUACCAUCCGCAGCUCCAACCUCUGCACAGAGAUCAUUGAGUACUCUGCCCCUGACGAGGUUGCCGUGUGCAACCUUGCUUCCCUGGCUCUGCCUCAGUUUGUCGACUACCACAAGGGCGACUAUGACUUUGAGAAACUCCACGAGGUCACUCAGGUCGUUGUUCGCAACCUCAACAAGAUCAUCGACGUCAACUACUAUCCCGUCCAGGAGGCACGCAACAGCAACAUGCGCCACAGGCCUAUCGGUUUGGGUGUCCAGGGUCUGGCUGAUGCUUUCCUUGCUCUCCGUCUGCCUUUCGAGUCUCCCGAGGCUCGUGAGCUCAACAAGAAGAUCUUCGAGACCAUCUACCAUGCUGCUUUGACUGCCUCUUGCAAGCUGGCUGAGGAGCAGGGCACCUACUCGACAUACGAAGGCUCUCCUGUUUCACAGGGCAUUCUCCAGUACGACAUGUGGAACGUCAAGCCUUCAGAUCUCUGGGACUGGGACGCUCUCAAGGCCAACAUCAAAGAGCACGGUGUCCGCAACAGCUUGCUUGUUGCCCCUAUGCCGACGGCUAGUACGUCGCAAAUCCUGGGCAACAACGAGUGCUUUGAGCCAUACACUUCCAACAUCUACCAGCGUCGUGUGCUCGCCGGCGAGUUCCAGGUUGUCAACCCCUGGUUGCUCAAGGAUCUGGUCGAGCUUGGUCUGUGGUCAGACGACAUGAAGAACCGUAUUAUCGCCGAGGGAGGCUCCAUUCAGAACAUUGCCAGUAUUCCUGAGGAUACCAAGAAGCUCUACAAGACUGUUUGGGAGAUCUCGCAGCGUACUGUCGUGCAGAUGGCUGCUGACCGUGGAGCCUUUAUCGACCAGUCCCAGUCACUCAACAUCCACAUGCGCGAUCCGACCAUGGGCAAGAUUACUUCGAUGCACUUCACCGGCUGGAAGCUUGGUCUCAAGACCGGUAUGUACUACCUGCGGACGCAGGCAGCCGCACAGCCGAUUCAGUUCACCGUCGACCAGGAGGCGCUGCGUCUGCAGGACAAGGCCAUUGCCAAGGAGCGAGUACUUGGCAAGCGUGCGCCUCCCACCGGCAGCUACGUGUCUUCACCGGGUGCCUCAGUUCCGAGGCCGAUGUAUGCCACCAAGAGAGGUUCGGAGGGUAACUCCCUAAACGCCCAAUCGGCCAAUGCCAACGGCUACCCGACGCCGAGCACCACGCCUCCUCCGGCUGUUACUUCCAAACCAGUUGCAUCUCCCGCCAAAUCGGUUCCGUUCAAGGCCGACCAGGAGGAGGGUGAGAGCCCCAAAGCUUUGCCCACCGAGCCAACAAAGAAGGUCGACGAGGAGGAAGCCCUAGACAGCCAGAAGAAGAAGGAUACAGAGGACAACGAGAGCGAGAGCAAAGAGCGGGAGAUGGACAUCUACUCGGAAGCCGUCCUUGCUUGCAGCAUUGAGAACCCUGAGGCCUGCGUCAUGUGCAGCGGCUAG